UGUGAUGAUUCCUGGGACCUAAAGGACGCAACUGUCGUGUGCAAGCAGCUCGGUUGUGGAAGCGCUAUCAAAGCAUAUGGAAGCGCUUACUUUGGUCAAGGCUCAGGAAACAUAACUAUGGAUGAUGUAAAUUGUAGAGGGAAUGAAAACAGAUUGGAGGAAUGUUCUCAUAGAGGAUGGUAUCGUCAUAAUUGCAACCAUGGAGAAGAUGCUGGUGUUUCUUGCUCAGGUCAUACUACAGCUACUACAGCUACUACAGGACCAGAAAUACCACCUAGGGAAUCUGUAAGACUGGCCAAUGGAAAAAAUAACUGUGAGGGACGUGUUGAAAUCUUACAUGGUGGAUUGUGGGGGACUGUCUGUGAUGAUUCCUGGGACCUAAAGGACGCAACUGUCGUGUGCAAGCAGCUCGGUUGUGGAAGCGCUAUCAAAGCAUAUG